CACAGGUCUUUAAUAGCUCAAACUAUAAAACCAAAUGUGAAGACUUCAAGAAGCUAUUCAAGGAUCAUGUGACUGAAUCCGAACGUCUGCUUGCAGAUUAUUCAUGUGGACUGCUGAAAGACAUAAUCAUUCAUGGGAGGUUAUAUAUUUCACAAAAUUGGGUGUGCUUCCGUGCAAACAUUUUCAAGUGGGAAACUACUGUUAUUAUCAACAUCAAGUCCAUCACGUCCAUCACAAAGGAGAGAACAGCCCGUGUUGUGUCAAAUGCUGUACAGAUAACAACGUCAAGUGAACGUCACAUCUUUCCAUCAAUAAACAACAGAGAUAAGAUUUACAUGAUGCUUUUCCGAAUCUGGCAAAAUUCCUUACUAGAUCAGCCAAUGUCACCACAAGAUCUUUGGUAUUGGAUUCACAAGAACUAUGGUGGUGACCUUGGAUUGACAACUGAGGAUGAGGAUUAUGUGGAGCCAUCUAGCAACAUUCCAGGAACUCAGUAUUUAAUCCAUACGGAUGACUAUGACAGCAGCAGUUGUGACACCCAUAGUAUAAGUGAUUCAGAUACUCUGAAACAUGCUAAAAAAAGGCAGAGAAGAAAGUCAGCAGCAGUCUAUGCCCAGCAUCUGAACGUCGAUGAAGUGACGAUUAAGAAGUCGUUCUCAGUCCCUGAUAUCGUAGUGAAAGUUGCCCUUGAAACUAAGGGAACCGAAAAGAACAACAAUACGAAAUCACCAGCGAAAGGUGGCAAGACUAAGAGUAGUAAAAAUGACACCAGCCAAAAGAACGAACCUGUGAAAGUGCAGAAGAAUAGGACUCACUCAAAUGACAGUACAGAUAGCAGCUCUGAAGGGGAGGACAGUGGCGAUGGGAGUGAUGAUGAUGAUGGGCCAACAUCAUGCACAUGUGAUAAUCACAAUGGGUACAAGCCUAUGGACAUUGACCUUGAUAUAUCUGCUAAGCAGGUGUACGAGAGCAUAUUCACAGAUUCGCCGUGUAUUCGGGACUUUCAUGUCUCUAAGAAAAUGUUUGAUAUUGACAUUGAAGAAUGGAUGCUGCAAGAAGAUGGAAAGCAGCAUCGAACCCUUACCUAUAACCUUCCUGUAAAAACCACACUUGGUGACAAGAUUGCCCACACAAAAGAUAACCAGGUAUAUUAGUCCGGCAGAAUAGGGCAUAUGGUUUGCAUGGAGGUAUAUAGUUUUUCUUACGUUCGUUUUCUUAUGUUCUUGCACCAAAUAAGGCAUUUCUAACAACUGGCAGUUGCUCAGUUGUGGGGAAUUUUAUUUAAUGUAGAUUUAUCCAAAACCGCAUCAUAAACAAUUGAAUUUGGAUUAAAUAAAGCUUAGUGUCCAAUAAUGAGAUGCCAAUGCAUGUAAAAAUUAUAUUAUACCAUCAUUUACAGAUGCAUUUGACAUUUUGAAAUAGUUGUAGACUAAUACAAGCAUAAACGUCUGUGAUUAGGCAUAAAAAUUGGUUUUU